UUUGCCUCUCGCCACUCCAGCGAGCACCGUCCUUUGUCUUUCCUCUCUCUUCAACUCCUCUGGAUCGCUACUCUUCCGCUCCCUCUCUCUCUCUCUUUACUCUUUCCUUUAAUGGCAGCAACAGAGGCCAAACCAGAAACUAAAACAGACCCAAAACCAGAAACUAAAGCAGAGGGUAAAGAGGUUGAAGAAAGCCCUGUACCUCCUCUCAAGUACAAGAUAUGGGUCUUGAAAGUCUCGAUACACUGUGAAGGAUGCAAGAGGAAAGUCAAAAGGAUCUUGACGAACAUCGACGGCGUUUAUCAGACAACCAUUGAUUUGAGACAGCAAAAAGUCACGGUGACAGGGAACGUAGAGGCCGAGACUUUGAUCAAGAAACUGGUGAAAGCAGGAAAGCAUGCGGAACUAUGGCCUGAAAAAGCUGACCAUAAAGAGAAAAAGCAAGGCAAAGCAAAAAACAAAGACAAAGAUCAGAAACCAAAUGAUCCAGAAAGCAACGGAGACGGUAAUAAUGGUAAUAAUAAUAAUGAUAAAGAGAAAGAGACGGUCAAAGUUGAAGUUACAGUUCAAGACCCAUCUGGUAAAAACAUCGAUAGUGGCUGCCCUAACCGGAAUGUACCGGACGGUGGUAAUUUCCCCAUUAAAGCCGGGGAAAACGGCGUCGUUAAAGUUGCCGGCGGGCAGGUCAAGGAGUUAAAACCAGCGGAUGUGAAACAGACGGUGACCUUCCAAGUCGGUAACCAGUCACCGAAUUGUGACAAGAAAGGUGACGGAGAAAGUGACGGUGGCGCAGAGAAGAAUGCCGGUGGUAAUGGAGGUAAAAAGAAGAAAAAAAAGGGGCAAAAAGGGAAUAACGGGAACAAUGGUGAAGAAGGCGAACAUUCUGGUGAUCAUGCACCGGCGGGCACCGGAUUACCAUCCCACCAUGUCCAUUUUCCUUCAUCGGCCAAUCACAGCCCUCCACGUCACCAUGGGUAUCAAUUCCCAAACUCAUCGCAUUUGUACGCCCCACCUCCGGUCUAUGCGGUGAGCUAUAAUACGGCGCACCCCAGCGCAAGUUACAAUGCAUCCUACUAUGCCUCGCCGUACUCUUACGCCUACGUGCCCCAUCCCGGGAAUGAACCUCCACCGUCGGAUUUUGAUUCGCACCCACCUCAACCGUCGGAUUCGUUUGAGAUAUUUAGCGAUGAAAACCCAAAUGCUUGCUCGGUUAUGUGACAAAAGGAUGGAUGGGAGCUUAUACUUUAAUUUGUAUAAGUUGAUUUUGAGGGAGGGAGGGGUAAUUUUGUAAUUGUACCAUGUAGAUAUAUGAAAGGAGAUAUUGUAGCUUUUGAAGGUUAGGGUUUAGGGGGAAAAUAAAAGGUGGGAUUUUUGUGUUGUGGGUAUUAGGGUUUAUGAUUAAUGGGUGUCUAUGUUUAGAAUUGUAAUGGUAAGUUAAUAAUAUCUUGUUCUAGGUUCUCUCU